ACAUUAUUAUAAAGCGCGACAAGAGUCGUAGUUCGAAUUUUAUACAGGUUGAAACGGUCAAUUGUAAAUGAGGAUGCAUCUACAUCGAUCCGGAGCGUGUGAGAUCGCGCUUAUUCUGACGAUAUUGGCAGUUACAUAUGAGAUCUCGUGGGCCAGUAAACAAUGCAAGACCGUUGUAAUGGACGUGCACGUGAAGAAGUGUAGACUCGGUGCUGAGAGAAUCAAGAGAGGCCUGGAAAGAUUAGAUCUGCAGAAACAUGAUGAAAAGUAUGAAACGAAGAGGCAGGAAGGACCGGACUAUUCAAAGAUGAAAGAUUCGCACGGCGUUCCGCAAAAGAGGCAGCUGACACCCGCUCAAAUCGGCGGUAUCGCCAUGCCGAUUGUCACGCAAGCUAUAGACGGCGCCGCCAAAGCCCGAGCGUACGCCACAUCCGGGGCGGAAUAUCAAGACCCGAGCCCGAGCCUGACAGGACUUCCUUUCGGUUGGUGGCCAGGAUAUUAUCUCAGGGCGCCUUAUCCGUUCGACCAGGGUCUCGCAUCCUUCCGCGCUUCGGCCUUUAACGACGAUCUUGAUCUCGAUCUGAACGCCGAAGAACUGGACGAACUGUAUCACGAUAUCUACGAAAGGCUACCGAGAGCUUCGAAAGACGAAGCUUGGAAGGUUUUCUUAGAAACGGCAUCAAAGUGCUGCCAAAAUGUCGACAAGUGUCUUAAGGAAACGAUGCACGUGCCUUGCCUAGGAAGUCAGACGUCUUAACGUGUUGACUCAUCACGAUGCGGUCAUCCGUAACUGGCGCCUUUCUUUUCAAUGGCGCUCUCAUAAUUGCUGGUGACUGACGCAAAUUUUUUUCUAACAAAUGUAAAAAAUAAAUAUCAUUUAAUACAAAAUGUUGAAUGACAUAAGUAACUUAAAGAUAACAAUAUAAAGUAAAAAAAAUGCGCAAUUCAUCAUGUUACUUUAUACGUAGAGAUAUGAUCUUAUUUAAUCAUGUUACAUAAAAUUUUAUUGUUAUAUCCUCGUGAAAAUCCUACUGUGUGGCGUAUACAAUAAGAAACAUUCACGCUGAGUACAUAACAUAUUAAGGAUUAAGAUUUUUCCAAAUAUUAAUCUCUUGAAAAAGUGAAUGUAAAAAUUAUAAAUAUAAUAAAAAAUUUAUUAUCUUUUAAAACUUAUUAUAUUACUUCUUAAUCAAUUUCUCGUUUUUUGUAUCAAAGGUGCUUGAUGAAAUAAAUGAAACAGUUGGUCAAUGGUAUAAAUGUUUAUUGAUCGCUAUUAUUAAUGCAGACGCAUUACACAAGUGAAAAUUUUGAAUGAAAAACAAACGCUAUUUAAUAUGUGAAAACGUCUGUCUACAACUACCUCUUGCGUAUCUCUGUUCGAGAGCGUCCUUUAUUAAAAACUACUAUUCCGCAUUUAAAUCCCGCAUUUCCGUUCAUCGGCGGAUUAGUAAAGUACGCGUUCGUCGAUGUAUUUCAAAGAGAUAAACUCUUAAGGUAAAUCUUAAAUCUACAAAAUUUUUUUUAAUAACUAAUGAGAUCAAGUUGUUAUAAUAAAACUAGGAUCACUGACAAAAUCCGAGUCGGGUAUGUUUCUCGAGUCUGAAAAAACGUUUAUAUCGAAAUCACUUAAGUCUUUCAUUCUUUUUCUUUUUUCUUUUUUUUUACGAGAUCGCGCGACCCGAUAGUUCGGAUUGCAUUCAAGUUCAUCACAAUUGCAUGCCAUCGAAAUUCACUUCUACUUUAAGGAGUUGCUGGAGUCGUCUGUUGUACCGAUAGAAAUAUCGAUCUUGUCUCUUACUAACUAUUUCGUAUUAAUAGCAUAGAAUAAAAAUUCCUUUUCCACGAUUACAAAACAUGCUAAUGUAUCUGGCCCUGAUGUAUUUUGUAUAAAGCAGGAAAAAAUGAAGAAAUUACAAAUUUCCAUUUUUACCUCAACAUGGCAACUAAUGCUGAUGUCAAUUUACGAAAACGUUUACUUCGUACUUUACUGGAAAAGUUAUGCAAGUUAUAUGCUCAAAAUAAAGACAGAUGUACAAUAAAGAAAUGAUAUAUGUAAAUCGUUAGAGUUAAGUUUAGAGGUCUAAACAAAAAUAUUUUGUUAUUUAACAAAUUGAGCGUAUAUGUGAGAUACUGAUAUGUGAUAGUAAAUAUAAACACAUCACUUCUAUAUCAAUAUCGCACGCAUACAUAUGUACAAAUCAUUGCUAAAACAGCGACAUUACGGAAUUCGACCGUCGUGCCAGCAUCCCCUUAAUAUAGUUGCUUGAUACUGAAGGAAACAGCACCUGCUUCUGUCAAUAUCGCUGCCGAGCAAUCGAUGCUCCCCUCAAUCGCGAAUUUUUCCAGGUUUGAUGGAUGACAAUGUUUCGCCACGUCGUCGCUACUUCGAUAUAAACUAUUAACACUAAUGCGCGUGAUGAGGCUGAAUUUUCUAUAAAUAACAUCUUCUCCACGCAAAUUGUUCCUGUUCUAAUCGAUUUAUAUAUCC